GAAGUGAGUCACAGGCCGGCGUGCCAUUUUGACGACGACAGGGAGGGAGUCCCAGGAAGCCAACUGCGUGCUUGUUUUUCACCGUUUUUGUAUACUCCAGCAAAACCGCCACCAUGGCUAUGCAAGCAGCGAAACGCGCUAACAUCCGAUUACCGCCUGAGGUGAACAGAAUCCUGUACAUCAGAAAUCUUCCUUAUAAAAUCACAGCUGAGGAGAUGUACGACAUCUUUGGGAAAUACGGACCAAUCCGGCAAAUCCGAACAGGGAAUACGCCUGAAACAAGAGGGACAGCUUAUGUUGUAUAUGAAGACAUCUUCGAUGCCAAGAAUGCCUGUGACCACCUGUCAGGCUUCAACGUCUGCAAUCGUUACCUCGUGGUUCUCUACUACAAUGCUAACAGAGCCUUCCAGAAAAUGGACACAAAGAAGAAAGAGGAGCAGCUGAAGCUUUUAAAAGAGAAAUAUGGGAUCAACACAGACCCUCCAAAGUAGUCUCUCACUGCUCCCAUCUUUCAGUUUUCAUUAAAAAACAACAAAACAAAAGAACAAUCCUGUUAAGUUUAUGCUUGUGGUGAAUUAUUGUUAUAGUUGAAAAUGCCAUUUUACAGUUUAAUUUUUUUCUCUUGGUUAUUUUGGGAGUCAGCCAGGACCGGCUGUCUGAAUUGAAGCCAAGGAGAGAGAGGAAGGAUCUAUUUGUGCUCAAACUCUUCAAAGAUGUGUAAACCUUUUUGUUUUGUCCCUUCCUGUUUAGCAGAAGUAGUUCUGAUAAUCUCAGCCCUCCCUCUGAGCAGCAGUAAAAGAGGAGUUAACAGAAACUGCUCAUGUAAAGCAAAACCUUUCUGUAAAAUAAAUGCUGAUUUUUU